CUCCUUACAGUACAGAAGCAUCUUGUUCAGUUUCCAUUCUUUCUGACUUUACUUCCCCACUUCCUCUGCAUUUUCUCAGAAAAUGGCACGCAAUCUGAAGAUUUUCCUCUACAUUGUUCUGAUUCUCUGCCUGGUGGCAAUGACUCUGGCUCAAGAUCAACAGGAUAACCCUAAAAUUGAAACCAAAGGUUGUUAUUUUCCAUUCUGUUGUUGCAACAAGAAUCCUUUUGACUGUCUUAUCCAUUGGUGCUGCUGCAACUAAUGGAGGCUCAACAAACAAUAAUGGUGGACAUUCCAAUGUUCAUGUGCACAGCUCGGUCUGAAUCUAAGCUGUCUCUGACUAUGUGAAGAAGCUUGCUUCUUUUUUUCUUAGUGCAGUCAUUAGAAAAGAUGUGAAAAAGCAAACGAUUGCGAUCCUUGGUGAUCACAGGCAGCAUCAUAAUCUUUCGUGUUAUGAAUUUCCAACUCGGAGGAGGAAUAAAGUGACUGUUUAGUGU